UAACUAAUCUAACUGCGUAAUUAAUACAAUUAAUUCUUGCAUAAAAAUUAAAAAUUUCGGUUGAAAAGUUAUAUAAAUUCUACUUCUACGCGUACUAUUAAUGCUCUAAAUUUUUUUAUGAAUAUUUUGUUUUUCUUAUUUUUUUUUUCAGAUAUCGGAUAUGUUCAUUGUCCUGUGUUUUUCUCUUUUUUUCUUCAACUAAAUUACUACAAUUACAAAUAUAUAAAUCCAAAUUACCACUUAAUAACUAAAAAAAAAUUAGACCUUCUAAAAUAUUAUUCCUGUUAACACUAUUUGUUAUAUUAUCAAAGUUCAUUAAUACUUUUGUUAAAAAAUAAAUAUAUAGUAUAUUACUUAAUAGUCC